AUGGGGGUUGCAUAUCUCAAUUUGGGACAAUUGUUGGCAACUCAGGGAAAAUGCGAAGAAGCCAUUGUUAUACUUCGACGAUGUAGUCAAUUGGAUGGCACGGGAUUAAAAGAUCAAAAACAACACGAAACAACUAAAAUAACGGCGUUGUUACAUUUGGGAAGAUUAUUUGCCGAUCAGGGAAGAUAUAACAAAGCCGUUUCCGUUUACAUGGAAGCCGUUAAAGCCAUGCCACAUUUUUAUCAACCUCAGUUACUAAUGGAGAAAAAAAAAAUUUAA